CCCCGGCCACCUGCGCCCCGCCCCGGCCGCGCCCGAGCCCGGGAAAGGCGGAGACGCGCCUCUGCUCUGGGAAGGGCGAGUUCCCGUUGCGGGCGCGCUCUGUCUCCGGGAACAGUAAUCCCGCCACUCUGGGGAUGCGGCUGCGCUGAGAGCCUGCCUGCCCGCGGAUCCGAGGAGUUUACCGAGUCUCUUUCCCGGUUGUUCGAGAAGGCGGACUUAUAGCUGGGCAGGAUGACCAACCCUGCGGCCACGCAGAACAAGGAAAUAGACUGUCUGAGCCCAGAAGCUCAGAAACUGGCGGAGGCGAGGCUGGCUGCGAAGCGGGCAGCCCGCGCCGAGGCUCGAGAGAUCCGAAUGAAGGAGCUGGAGCGGCAGCAGAAAGAGGAAGACAGUGAGCGCUAUUCACGUAGAUCCAGAAGAAACACAUCGGCUUCUGAUGAAGAUGAGCGCAUGUCAGUGGGUAGUCGUGGAAGUCUGAGGCCCUCAGAGCACAGCGGCCACCUCAACUCCAGCUCCCGAGCCUCGUCCAGAGCCAGCUCGGCGCGGGCCAGCCCAGUGGUGGAAGAGAGACCAGAAAAAGAUUUCACCGAGAAGGGCUCACGUAGCCUGCCCGGCCUGUCUGCAGCCGCCCUGGCCUCCCUGGGCGGGACCUCUCGGAGGGGAAGUGGGGACACCUCCAUCUCUGUUGACACGGAGGCGUCCAUUAGGGAAAUCAAGGACUCAUUAGCAGAAGUUGAAGAGAAAUAUAAGAAGGCUAUGGUUUCCAAUGCUCAGCUGGACAAUGAAAAGACGAACUUCCUGUACCAGGUCGAUACCCUAAAGGACAUGUUGCUGGAGCUUGAAGAGCAGCUGGCUGAGUCCAGGCGGCAGUAUGAUGAAAAAAACAAAGAGUUUGAGAGGGAAAAGCAUGCCCACAGCAUCCUGCAGUUCCAGUUUGCCGAAGUGAAGGAGGCCUUGAAGCAGCGGGAAGAGCUGCUGGAGGCUUUAGAGAGGCAGAAAGAGUUCUUUGAUUCCAUAAGGAGUGACCGAGAUGAUCUUAGAGAAGAAGUAGUCAUACUGCAAGAGGAAUUAAAGAAACAUGGAAUAGUCCUAAAUUCAGAGCUAGCUACCAAUGGAGAGACUUCAGACACUCUAAAUGACGUCGGACACCAGCGUCCUUCCAGGAUAACGAAAGAAGAGUUAAACGCCCUCAGGACGGCAGGGGAUGGGACGCUAGGAAGAGCCAGUGAAGUGGAGGUGAAAAGUGAAAUUGUGGAGAAUGUGGGGAAAAAAGAAAUCUUGCAGAAUACUGAGCAAGAACAGCACAAAGAGGACCCCGCACAGGAGUGUAUGGACACAGAGGUGUUCCAUCCUGGUGGAAAUGCCAAGGACCAGAAAGCCUCUGAAGACAGUGCCCCCUCCCUAGGAGUAUUAGCAGAUGCCACAAAUGAGGAGCAGGCUCAAAACCAGAUCCUAGAGAACGCUUCCUUCCUUGAAAAUACAGAGCAGGUUGAGUCCAAUGAGGUCAUAAACACACCAGAUGAUAGGACUGGGGCUUCCCUUGAGCAGUCUGAAUGUUUGCGUGAUGGUGAAAUCCCAGGUCCUGGGACUGGGCAGGACACUUACGAUGCCUUGGAUAUCAAAAACCACCGUAAAGAACCUGCAGAAAACCAGGAAGACUUGAAAACCCACUUGGGAGAGGGUAGCACAAAGCCAUGUCAAGAAUCUGCCUCUCUGCAACCAUCUGAAGUCGGAGGGCUGGGCAGCGCAGACACUGGGGAGCAAGGUGGGAGCCCCACAGAGGACUUGGUGGAGGCAGGGCUAACGGGGCUCGGGGAGCAGGUGGGCACAGAAGCCUCCGGCCCUCCAACCUGCAGCGAUGACAGCGUGAGUCCUGAUGAAAAGCGUGCUGUAGAGGCCCCCGCGGAGCUGGACCCAAGCGCAGGGCAGGACCUAGACAAAGAGCUCCCCAAACAGGAAGCUGCUGAGCCCCAGGAGCCCCAGAGCACAGCGGUAGGUGGGGAGAAUGACGAAGAGGAGGAGGAGGAAAGGGGGUUGAGGGAUGAGAAGCCAACCCAGACGGAAGUGCAGAGCAUUCCUCGUUGGCCAGAGGCAGAAAGCAGUUUGCAGGGAGCAACAGGUCCUGCUGUGGCAGAUGCCGAAAGCGAGCCCCUAGAUGUGAAAGAACCCAAGGAAGAAAAGAGUGACCAACAGGGAGAGGCACUGGAUUCGUCACAGAAGAAGACAAAGAACAAGAAGAAAAACAAGAAGAAAAAAACACCGGUGCCUGUAGGAACCCUUAAAGAUGCUAAGAAAGAGUUAACAUUUCAGAACUCAGAUUUAAGUGAGGUGAAGGACGACAAGCAAGUAGCUCUUACCGACAAAAAACCAGUUGUAGAAGCACAAAAUGAGGUAACUGAAAGUCCAGAAGAGAAAAGUGUAGCAGGAAGCGGUGAAAACGUUGAUUGUCCGGAAAAUCCUAGAAUUGGGUUGGAUAAAAAACUUAACCGAGAAGAUGAUGAUGUAAACGCUGAGGCGGGGGGAGAAACAGCUGGUGGGGGCACAUUAGGCGUGGGGGGUGACACAACCCCAUCAUCAGGCACGAGUGCCAGUGAUAAGGAUUUAGAGGAGGCUGUCCUAGAAGACGGCGCCGCUCCCGGCGGUCCUUCCGAACCGGGGAGUGGAGUGGUGCCCAGCGGUGCCCUGCCGGCGACUGAAGGUCCCUUCAAGGACGGUGAUGGUGCCCCUCAAACAGGAAGUACAGAGCAGCAUGAGAUGGCAGGGGGGCCCAGUCAGGAAGUCAAAAAGGCCAUAGAAAACGAUGACUUAGCACCCACAGGGCAGCUGGGAGCCUCCACUUCAGAAGGCAGGGACGAGCUGAGAGGCGAAAGCCAGAAGGGCAGAAGCAAGGAAGACUGUACCAUGUCGUAAGUGGACAGGGGCCAAGGACCGCACAUGAAGCCCAGCUGCCAGAGGCUCGUCUGCUCUCUCCACGGGUGAGGUUCCUAAAACGUUCCACAUUGAGAUAGAUGCACCGUAGGACAGUCAGCUACCGAGCUAUCCACCACGUUGAGUUAUAGACUGUUACUUGUAGACGUAUUCUUCCUCAUUAAGGUUAUCACCCAGAUUAGAAAGAAAGACACACCUGUAAUCAGUAGGAGUCCUAAUGGAGAACAUUCCGGCGUGUCAGACAACAGACACUGCGUGUUUCUGCUUACAGUCCGAAUGAAGCUCUUUAGCAUUUGCCUUAGGCUGAUAUUCUUGACCAGAUACACCAGCACCCGAUUGAAAUGACCAAAUGGCAUUCUGAGAUUUGUGAGUAUAGUUGAUAUUUAAGUUAAUGUGUCUUCAUUCAAAUAUAUGUCCUUUCAUAUUUGAUUUUGAUGUGUACGUUAUAAUCUAUACGGUAUUUCAUUUUAAAAGGAGAUAAAUGACCCAGUAGUGUAUAGAUCACUGAGUGAUAAGAUUUGCACCUUAGGACAGUAAUUAAUCAUGUUAGGGAUAAGAAAUAAGUAUCUUAAAGCACUGGGACAUCUUAAUUCCCUUUACCUCAUAUAUAAGUAUUUUAUCUCAAACCGAUACUUUUGAUCUCAUUGUUGGUGAUACCUGAAUUUAUUUUGUAGAUUUUGACUUCACUUCAUGCUGAUUAUGUACCAGAGUCAUUUUAUACAAAAAAAAUUUUUUUAAUUUGUUUCUGGAAGAGACAUACAUUGAAAUUGCACUUCCUAAUGCAGUUUUUGUGCAGGGGGACCAUUUCUAAAAUUUAUUUUUUUAACUCUUAAAUUACUCCUCUUUCUAUUUGUCUUAUAUUCGAAAGAAAAAUACAAAAGGUACCAUUCUUGUGCAAACUGCUAAUUGAACUAUAACAGGAUAUUUUAAAUAGUUGGAUCACUUUUGGCAUUUUGGUAUAAAUAUUUUCGUUUGUUUUAUCUCAAUAUAUUAUUGGAAAAUUCUUGAUUUGGUCUUCCUGAAGGAAAUACAUAUUUUCUAUACAAGGAAGCAUUUUUUAAAAUAGUUGUAAAGUUGAAUAAAAAAAACAAUUGUAAAAUACUAAAAUCACAAAGGACUGUACAUUAUGAAUGCUGUUGACACUUUAUAAGAUUAUAUGAAUUCAUGUCACUGUUACAAGGUAUAAUUGAAUGCAAAAAAGACCAAAACCUCAAUAAAAUUUGAGGUGAGCAUAAGUGUUAUUAUGUAAUUGAAAUAAAAACAUUUUAUCAUUUCACAAGCCUGUGAUUCCACUCUUUGGGCUACUUGACUUCGGCUGUGGCUACGGUUCUACAUAAUUAUUAUCUUCAAAGUAGCGCCUACUUCCAGGCUGCUAAUCCCCAGUCUGUGUUGUGUGAAAGACUCAUUACUUCGUCAGUAAUGAAUGGACGUCUCUCCUGGUACCUAGACCGGGGCUAGUGUUGUGCCCUCCUGGGGAGAACUGGGAAGAUCUUCCCUCAUAGAAUAUCCUGUGGUCUGUGGUUCCGGUGAGGAGCCCCAGCGAAGAAGGCUCCCCGUUCUGGUGCUCUGCUCACGUGUGCCAGUUCUGAGAGUGCUGGGAAGGAUGUGGUGAAAUUGGCAAGUAAGCAUUGACUCCUCCCACGUCAACGUCCUGAAGCAGGGGACUGAUCCACCCUCCCCACUUGGGCCCCGGGAGUGGAAAACUACAAGGCUUGCUGGAGAGUCUCCAGCCCGAGGGCUGCACAGGCCUUGAAAGGGGGCAGCAGAUGCCUCUAACUUUAGCAGAGCGCACUCAGCCUGGAAUGGGCGUCAGAAAGAGCUCUCAUUCCUACUUUCAGAGGCCCCUGGGGAGAUGAUUCAGUAACCCAGCUCACUGGACGGUGAGAUCAUCAACCCAUUUUAAGGUCUUUUCCUCUGUUACGUAACAGCGCAUUUAAGGACAUUGUGGCACACUUCAUACCCCUCAUGUCAGCUGUCCAGGCGUCUCGAUUAUUCACGCAUCCAUUUAAGUGAUAGACGUUUUGAUCACUUCAUAUCUGGAAGGCACUGUGCCAGUGGGCGAGCGGAAAGGACCCAGCUUCUAGUGGAAGUGGAGAGCUGAGAAUCAGGAAAUGA